CGUGUAUUUAACUAACUUUAUGUAUUUUUACAUUACAACAAUAUGUAGGUUAUUUCUGAAAAAAAUCGUGAAAAUAGAUCCAAACAAAAAUGGAAUCAUCGAAUGGGUCCAGUUAGUUUUGAAUUAGUACGAGCUGAAUUGCGUGCAAAAAAAGAGGGCAAUGAAGAUCCAUCACAGUCUGAGAUGUUUGUUGUAACUCAUACUAACAAGAAAGGAGAGACUGAUUCGGGAACACAAGAGACGAUUGAUCAUCUUCAAAAUUUGAAGCAAGCUGGAUACAGUGAUGAUGAAGCGCUUCAAACAGUUUUUGGAAAGGAGAGACAUGGUAGAGUUCGUUUCUAUGGUCGAUCAGUCACAAAAUCCUCUCUUAAAAAGGAUAAGCAAAUCCGACAAAUGCAACAACAACAUGCUGAAGUGGUUUCAACUAUGGAGAAAAAUCAAAAUAACUUAACUUCCAAGUUAGAUGGUUUAACGAGCUUGAUCAAAACGGUGUUGCAACAAGUUAAUCCUGGUAUGAGUGCGGAACAAGUGCAAGUAAUGAUAGAAGCUGCCCAACAAUCUCCACCUGAUGCAAGUAGUGCACCAAAUGAUGCGAGGUGAAGCAUUCCUCCUUCACUGGGAUCGAACCAUGUGUCAAAAGAUA